CUUUUUACGACAGUUAACGGCAUUUCAAGAAAUCACGUUCUGUGUAACUAAAGCGGUAGUGUACAUUUUGGGUUUGAAUUUACUGUGAAAAAAGUUUAAUAACAAUGUCUGCAAAAGCCGGAGCUAAACUUAUGUGCCCGACUGUUCCUCUCUCCAAUGGCCGUCACAUUCCUAUUUUAGGGUUAGGGACAUCCCACUUUGGUGGCUAUUCCCACAGUGCUGUUGUGUACGCUCUGAGGGAGUGUGGCAUUCGUCACAUCGACACGGCCAAACGAUAUGGAUGCGAGUCCCAACUGCAGGAGGCCAUCCGGGACAGUGGAGUGGCACGGGAGGAACUCUGGAUCACCACCAAGCUCUGGCCAGACGAAUACGGCUACCAGACCACCAAACAGGCUUGCCUGGAAUCCUGCAGAAGACUCGGGGUGCAAAACCUGGAUUUGUACCUGAUGCACUGGCCUGAUUGUAGGUCUCCUGAAAAAUCGAAUCGGGAAAUGCGAGCUGAAACAUGGAGAGCUUUGGAGGAACUUUACGAUGAAGGAGUCUGCAGGGCCAUCGGAGUGAGCAACUUCCUCAUCCCUCAUCUGGAGCAGCUCAAGGAAGACUGCAAUGUUGUACCGCAUGUCAAUCAGGUUGAGUAUCACCCUUUCUACAGGCCACAGGAGCUGGUGGAUUACUGCAAGGCUGAAGGGAUCGUGUUUGAGGGCUACUGCCCCCUGGCUAAGGGGGAGAGUCUCACUCACCCUACCAUAAUCGAGCUCGCAAAGAAGUACAACAGGACCCCGUCCCAGAUCUGCAUCCGCUGGAGCGUACAGAAUGGAGUCGUUACAAUCCCCAAGUCAACCAAAGAAGAAAGGAUAUUAGAAAACUGUCAAGUUUUUGGGUUCUCUCUUCUGAAGGAGGAUAUGGAUUUAAUGAACAAGGUCAAUGUAAACAGAAAGCUGAUUCAUUUAAUGGAAUUCAACUCGAGGAUAUCAACAUUAGCGGCAUCACUCAGAACUGCUGAGUCAAAUGAAGACUUGCUGUAAUGAAACACAGAAUGCCUUAAGAAAUUGUUCAUUUUGAAAGUCAGGUAUAUCUGCGCAACAGCAAAAACAAAAAUCUGAAAAUAUUUCCAGUCUCAGAUUUGCAUUUUACAAUUUUGCACACGUCAGCUUUUUUUCACUGUUGAAUGAUGAGGUUGUAAAUGAAUGAUUGGAUGGGCAUAUUUCACCCAUUGCCCUUGGGUUUCCUAAACUAUGAAUGCACACACUAGACCUUGCAAUAGUCAGACAGGGGCUGUCCUAAGGGUGCGCUCAGCUGGUGUUCAGGAAAACGCUUCUGUAUCUUUUGUUACUGAUUUUAUGCAUGACGGAGAAACAUAUAUCCCCUAUAUAUCUGUUUUACUGAAAGCAAGCCGUUUCGAAUCCUAUUGCCCAGGUUUUGCAAGCAAGAAAACUCAUUUUCAUGGAACAAAGAGGAAAUAAUGUCUACAAAUCAGUUUGAAAUCAGUAACGCAUUUUGUAACCCAGGUGAUAACCACCAGUCAUUAGGCACGGUUUUCCACAGAGGGAAAAUUGCAUUGGAGUGGGCAAUUUGCCCCCAGUGCAAAAAAUAUUAUUAUUGUUAUAAAUAUUACUAAGUAAUUUUGUGUUAUUUUGAUUAGCCAUACCCUAACCUUAAUCUAAUAAUCUUUGACAGUUAAUACUGGUGAAAACAAGAAAUGUAUUUAGAGAAAAAUAAAGCUUUUAUUUCAUGUUUGCAAAAAUUCCUCCAAGGUAAAGCUGUUUAAAAUAACAUCCCUAACAGAUGACUUCAACAACUACCAAAUACUAGACCCAGGUUAGGGACAUGUCUUUUUAUUGAGUUGGUCAGGUGAAAUAGUAUUCAGGGUAAACUGCAUAUUGUAUGACACUGAUGUGGUGUUUGUUUAGGGCAGGGUCAGUACUUUGAGUAAUAUGUUGUAAUGUCUGUGUUGCCAUGUUGGUAACCAAGUCUUAUGGCAUGUCAGCUUUCCAUUUCAGAUACCAUAUAGCCUGCUGUAUACUUUACAGGUCCUCAAGCAUUAUCCUAAUAGAGGACAGGAAUGGACUAGUGAAACUGGCAUAUAGCAACCAAACAGAGACUUGUUAAAUAUUUUGUAUGAUUCUGCUGCCAAAUGUACUGCUUAGGUGCUGCAUUCUGCUCUUAGAACCCUAGGGAAGCAACACAACUGAACACUCAGGCAGAAUUGACAGAACUGAAGGUAGAGAAUACACACUAAAAUACUUCAGAACUGAAGGUAGAGAACAUACACUAAAAUACUUCAGAACUGAAGGUAGAGAACACACACUUACAUACUUCAGAACUGAAGGUACAGUAAACACACUAACAUACUUUCUCAAGUAUGAGUUUUUCUCAAUGUCUGAAACAUGUCAUUGAAUUUUAUAAUUGUCUUUUAGUAUUACUACAUAUACCACCGUUGCAUGUUUUAUGUGUAUAAUUGUAAAUGAAACACAGUUUUGUAAUAUUGUGCCUUGGACAUCACUGGUGGUAAAUGCUAAUAUGAAUAGAGUCAUUAAAAUAAAAGAUGGAACUACUACAA